AUGGAUCCCGCUACAAUCACGAAAUUGACCUUAUCUGGGAUCUCUGCAUUUUCCUCCACGGUCAAAUUUUGCACCGAAGCCUACAAUGCAUAUAGACUGUCUGAAGAGUUUGGGACAGACUGGGUCAAGGUCCAGCGACGGCUUUUUAUCCAAUACACCAAGUUCGCAAAGCUUUCCGAAGCACCAAUUCACUGGUUUAGAGGCAACCUUUGGAAUCCAGAGGACGAUCUCUCCAGAGCUGUGAAGAUGCAGCUGAUUGACAUUGAGUCACAUUUCAAGCAAUGUCAUGAUCUCAUGAAGAAGUACGAAAGCGAAGAUGAAUCAAUGACAGAUAUGGCCAUUGAAGCCGAUCCGUCUCACACGCAGCAUUUAGAGCCAACAAUUCAGCAAGAAGAAGCCCAAGGCAGCUUGGCGGUGAAGGGAAGCUACGGGACUACAAAAAAGGAAGCCCAGAAGCCCCAUGGGCUUAGAAAAUUGGUCUUUUGGGGUAAAACCAAAGGCAAAGUUGAAAGACGUCCGGAUUCAUCCAAGUCAGUGGGAACGGAGACUGCAUCCACCUCGACGUUGAGUACUGGCGGUUCCUUGCCAAGGACCGAUGCGACCAGCUCCAAGGACGUAACAUCGCCAGGUACGUCUCUGUUUCAGACAGAGGCAGACGAAGAGGUGACUGUUCCCUCGCAAGGAUCGCGAAUUAUACCCAAAUUCGUUACUCAAGGAAUGCAAGAAGUCAGCGACCAGGCCGUGGAAAAGCAGUCCACAGCUGGCAAAUACAACAGAGUCCGAUGGGUACAUUAUGACCGCGAGAACUUUUUGAAGGCCAUCGAUGACAUAGAGCGUUGCAAUACUCAACUUGAUAGCUUGUUGCAGCUCCAUGGCGUCAGCGAUCCUGCAGACGUGCUGGGCGUCACCGACCGAGGGCAGCCGGAUCAGAUGGAAAGGACCAAACAAAUUCAAGGGAACUUGAGGCGCCUUCACAGCGCCCUUGUUAACUCAAAUCCGGCACAGGUAAAGAGCGCGACCCAAGUAUUCUUCACUAUUCAGGUGAACGAGGACCCAGAGGGGCUCUCAGAGGAGCUGGUUGAGAUAGACGACAAGCUCCCCAUCUACUCAAGCCAAUCUUCUGUCUCCGCCCUACACGCCCAUAUCUCUGGCUUACAGGCUGAGCCGUCGGUUCUCCUCUACGCUAGUACAAGGCAUAUCAGGAACGAGGCCGACACCCUUCCGAAUGCUCCAGAUGAGGUUGAAAACCUUCACACGAAGCUUCGCAGUCUAGCUGAAACUACCAAAAGGGGAGAUUAUGAGGUCGUAGGAACAGCGCUGAGCACCGGGCACCCCAGAGACUCUCAUGUCCUCAUCUGCCACAGCAGCGGCCCUUGGUAUGUGACCAAAUCGCUGAAAGAAUUCCUCAGCGACGCUUCCUAUACCGAGUCCCUGAGUGUGGCGCAGCGUUUGUCAGUAGCCCGUCUGAUGACACUCUCCUUUCUCUAUUUCGGCCAUCUGUCUCGAACUACGGAUAAAUAUCCGAGGCCGGAAAAUGUGCUAUUCUACGAGCUCAGAAAGACCCCGAGCGCCCAUUCCGACACCGUCACCGCGUCAGCUGGUUCCGAAGAGUCCAGCCACGAGGACAACGCCCAACCGGAAGCAUACAUUCUGAAUCCAUACCUAGCCAUCGGACUGGGCCGCAAGAAGCAUAAAAUUGGCGGCCAGCCCCUGGGCGCUACCUCGGGGCUGGCGCGGCGCACCGUUAACCCUGUGGCCGAGCUUGGGCUGGUCCUGUUCCAGGUCGGGACAGGUACGGCCGUCGAGUACGGGUCCGGGGCCGAGGGGUUUCGCAGAGCGGCCCGGCAUGCCCGGUUGUCCCUGUAUGAGCUGGUGUCCUCGUGCGGACCUGGAUUUGCAGAGCUGGUGGGGCUUUGUCUCGAUAAGGGCGAGGACGUUUUCGCGCCUGUCACCGAUGCAGACGAUCGCUUCAUGGAGGACCUUCGGGGUUGGUUUCGGAGGAAGGAAGAGACUUCGAUUGAAUGA